GCUUACCCUUUCUGAGUCUUCGCCUUCGUCCGAGAUCUGAAUCUAGUAUAUUGCCGGCGGCGAUCGUUCGGUAGUUUCAUUGCAGGUGAGUUACGGAUGAUACAACAAGCCUCAAUUGUAUGUAGCUUGUAAUCCCGGAGCAAAAUAAUUCACAAUGGGAGGAAAAAUAGGAGAGCUGGAAGCUGAGAAACAUGUUCAAUACAUUUUAUUAGUUGAAAAGAGGAAGGGUGAUUUUGAAUCAGUGGUAACAGAGCAUCUAAGAAUGAAUGGAGCAUACUGGGGAUUGACCACUCUAGAUCUUCUUGGAAAGCUGGAAAUAGUGGAUCAAGAUGAAGUUGUUUCAUGGGUCAUGGAGUGUCAACAUGAAUCUGGUGGGUUCGGGGGUAACAUCGGACAUGAUCCACAUAUAGUGCAUACCCUCAGUGCAGUGCAAGUUUUGGCUCUUUUUGGCAAGCUAAAUGUUCUUGAUAUUGAUAAGAUCACAAAUUAUAUUGCUGGGCUGCAGAAUGUAGAUGGGUCCUUUUCAGGUGACAUGUGGGGUGAAAUUGAUACACGGUUCUCUUAUAUUGCUAUAUGUUGUCUCUCUCUAUUGCAAUGUCUGGACAAAAUCAAUGUGGAGAAGGCUGUGAACUACAUCGUGAGUUGCAAAAAUCUGGAUGGUGGGUUUGGAUGUACACCUGGUGCAGAAUCCCAUGCAGGGCAGAUAUUCUGUUGUGUGGGUGCUCUUGCUUUGACGGGUUCUCUACAUCAUGUUGACAAGGACCUCCUUGGGUGGUGGUUAUGUGAACGGCAAGUCAAAUCUGGAGGACUAAAUGGUCGGCCAGAGAAGCUUCCUGAUGUCUGUUACUCAUGGUGGGUGCUUUCAAGCUUGAUCAUGAUUGACAGAGCUCAUUGGAUUGACAAGGAUAAGCUCAUUAAAUUUAUAAUAGAGUGUCAGGAUAGGGAAAAUGGAGGAAUUUCUGAUAGACCUGAUGAUGCCGUGGAUGUCUUCCAUACAUACUUUGGAGUCGCAGGACUCUCACUUCUUGAAUAUCCAGGAGUGAAAGCUGUAGAUCCAGCUUACGCUUUGCCCGUCCAUGUAGUGAAUAGGAUUUUCUUCAGCAGAUGAUAGAUCCGUUCAUAUUUUAGGCAGGUAAAUCAUUCAUAUUUCCACUACAUAAAUAAACAAGCUUCCUCAUUUGGGUUCUUCAGAUAAUGAAUUUAUUCAUCCAUAUCGGUAUGUUCCUUACUAUUGGUGGUCCUCAGUAUCUUUUUACCUCUUUAAUGGAGAUAGCAAGCUUCUACAUUUGGUCCUACACUUGUUUGAAAUCAUCCUUCUUAGGAGAGAUGUUUUGAAUCUUUUGUAACUUCUGAUUUUGUACAAGUAUGCUUUGUUUAUUUACAUGCUUUUUAAUAAUCA